AGUGGGCAAAGUUAUCGAAUGAAGGGGCGUGUCCACCACUAAAGUUCACGAUGUCUCCCUCGUACCAACCCCGCCGGGCACGGAUCCGCUCGGCUACGUCGUCAAAACAUUUGCGGGUAGUACUCGACGGAGCGCGGAUGAGUGCUGAAAUUGCGACGAUCGGCGUCUCGCGUAAUCCCAACCUCCGGCAAUUCGACAAUCCCCUAGUCCAUUUAAUCGACUAGUGAUUAGCCGGACAUCAACCUAAGGACGGGAUAUGAGCUACUCAGAGCCACUCUGGGAAAUAAACGGAAAUCAAGCAAUAACGACGACCUCGGAGAUGUCCCAGUACGUUGGUAACGACAUAGGCGGCUACCCCAUGUGGGACAGUUCGGUUUUAUAUCCGGCGGCCCCGCCCCCCACCCACCCGCACGUCAACGAACACGGACUUUACAGACAACCCUGCGCACUGCUGCACCAAAGCAGGUUCACGCAAAAUGGACGUUCGUCGAAUGUUCCUUCAUCGACAACAAAAAAACCGAGGCGAAGGGUAGCGACGGUUUCGCAAAGAAGAGCUGCAAACAUUCGUGAAAGACGCAGAAUGUUCAACUUAAAUGAAGCUUUUGAUAAGCUGCGACGAAAGGUGCCGACAUUUGCCUACGAGAAGCGACUGUCGAGAAUCGAGACACUUCGUCUGGCUAUAACAUACAUCGCGUUCAUGGGCGAACUUCUGGGCAUAGAGCCCAACAGUCCCAAGCCUGACUACAUACCCAGGGAAUAUUAUCUACCCACAAGUUAAAAAACAAAGCAAUACAAGUUUCGCGCAUUCCGAGGAAUGAAUAAUAGCCACG